AUGGCUGCGGCGUGGAGCGCUCCCCGCCCGCGCGACGGCCUCGGGACCACGGGCUCGGAACGCCGCAGGGCCCGGGGCCGCCCGCGCAUAAUCACCGCCACCGCCCAGGAGAAGGGCAGCCGAGGGCUCCCGGCCGGGCUCGAGCCGCCGCCGCGCGGAGGCGGUGAGAACGGGAUCGGCGUCGCGGCGGAGAGCGCGAGUAGGGGAUGUGCGUCCGGCGGGCCGCGGUCUGAGAGAGGCGAGCGGUCACAGCUGAGCGCGGGCCGGCGGCAGUCGCGGCGGCUCCUCCCUCCCGCGGGUGCCUCUCCCGCCCGCUCUGGGUGUCGCUACGGUAGUCGCCGCUCGGGCCUCCGCCGCCAUCUCCCCGCCCCCGCUCCGGUCCCACCGCCACGGCCCGAGCGCAACAGCGGCCCCGCGGCGGAGGAAGGGGGAGGGAGCGGAGGCGGGGCCGGCCGCGGAGGCGCCCAUUGGCCGCGGCUAAGGGAUAGCACGGAAAUGACGUUAGAGGAGGAGGCGGUUCCGCCCCCACAGCUCCGGGGGCGCCGUGUCAAGGUUCCCCGUCGAAGACGCGCAGAGGGGGCGUGCCGGGUGAAGGGGGUGGGCCGGGCGUUGUGCGCAUGCGCGGCGGUGCGUGGCGCUCUUCCUGCGACGCGUGGUGGCGGCGCAUGCGCAUGUGGCAAAGCCAAAGACGGUGCCAGGCCUGGCCGUAUCUCAGGAUGCUGUCCUGCUAGAGGUUUCACUCAAAAUAGCCCUCUUUGCAGCAAGCCUGCAGUUCAGGAAAUGAAGAAAUUUACUGGCAGCGGAGCACCAGAGAAGAUUUUUCAUCUUGAUAAAGAGAUCUGGGAGUUCCUUUGAACUGCGGUGUCCCCCUAAAAGUCCAAUUGUAUGCAUAUUACCUAGUUCCCUUCAAAGAACAUGGCCUCUUGCCACAGCUAAGGCACUUGUGUAGACUCAGAAGUACACUAAAUUAUCUCUGACAGAAUACUGAUGUGCACAUGGCACUGGCAGUGCCCUCUACAGGCUUUUAUCUGUCAUGCCUGGUAAUUCAGGCCACCUCUACUAUCAACACACAACGUUUUCAAGGAGAACAGUGGUGGAAAGUGAUGGACAUUUGUUCUUAUGCUCAAUGCUUAGACAAUGCCUUCUGUAAGGCAUUUCACGGCAGAGGCUCCACCCACAUCCUAAGGACACAGCAGUAUUGUAACAUUGGUCCUAAUGAUGAGAAUGAAAGGCAGCCCACUUCCUCUCACCUGAAACCACACAGAGCUGCAUUUCCAGCCACAGCACUGUCAGGAUUUGGAACAUUUUCUCUGGUUGAUCUGCAAUAAAAGAAUUGCAACUUAACUUACAA